CGAAAAUGUCUGGACGUCUUAAACUUAUAAAGUAUUGAGUAAAAUGCAGACUACAUUGGAUUGUGGAUAUCUGUGUAAACAGGUUACGGCAGAACUUCAGACUUUUCUGUUGAAAGGAUGAUCCAACUGCUGAUUCUAGUGAUGUUGCCACAUUCAACAUUGAGUAUGACCGAACAGCCGCUGGUGAAUUUCCCUUGCCUCAACGUGACCAUUCCACAACCCUGCAACCUGCAAGUCAUUUACCCUCACCCGAUCGGCAUCACAACAUGCGAUGGAGAAUACAGAAGGGGAGGAUAUGGAAGUGCUUUUGACAAGGAUCCUACGCUGAAAGCUGCCGUCACUAAACAACCUCAGAGAGCUUUGGUUGUCAUGUUUGAUCGAGAUGCUAGUAUGUUUCAUGCGUUUUACUUGGCCACGGUCAACAAGUCAUGUGACGUGGAACCCAUUGAACAAAAUAAGAUGUUUACACCGCCAGCUCCGCCAUUUGGAACACACCAUUACGUGUUUUUUCUUUUUGACGCUGGAAACCUGGACAAUGUACGCGAGCAGUCUGAUAUGUGUGCAACGGUCACUGCGUUUGAUAAGCGCGACCCAAUCGCUGUCACCCAGCUACGAAUUUCAAUCAACGAUGGUGAGGGCGAUGCGGCGCCAGCGACAAGUGGUGAGCCGUUGAUUUGCCCGCUGUCACCACAGGCUUCAACGCCAGCACAAGCACCAGCACCAGCACCAGCACCCCAGCCUGGAUCUGGCAACAGCUGCCAAACUACUGUUGGACUUUACGUUAUCUCUUUACUUCUAUGUCUGAUCUAG